UUGAUCGCUAUGAGAUCAUUUCACUCUCAUUCAUAAGAAGUGGACAAAAAAUGAAGUGAGUACUGAAGGAUGAUCGUCUUCCCAUACACUGCAGUUCGGAGGAAUCCCCAGAGCGGUGAUUCCCUGUGUUAGAAAUGAUAAUUCUGUUGAGACGUUGCGAAGGGGAUUUUUCUCUGAUUACGGGAAGUUUUCCUCAUCUCAUCGGGAGUAUAUAUAAAGUCGCGGUGUUUUCAGAUGGAUCACAAGUUCUCAGCAAUUUGAAUUGGCAAGAAGUCAAGUGAAUUCCUUCAAAGAAUCUCAUUCAAAAUGAUCUCAGUCAAAGUUGUGUUCUUACUUGCCUGCGCAGUGUCUGCUGCUCUUGCAUAUCCUUUGGAGUAUCCUGAGGAGUCCGUUCCCCUAGAUCUCGUGGAAGAGUUGCUGCAUUUUCUGCCUCUGCCUGUGAGGGAUCGCGUGCGUCGCCAGACGAUCUUCGGCGGUGUGACUCCAGGAAGUGCAGGAGGUGUUCAGGGAACAAUUGGCGCUCGGGGAACUCUGUAUGAGAACGGCGGACAUCGCGUCGACGGACAUGGCAGCGUGUCUCGCCAGUGGCAUCCCACAGGACCCACGACUCUCGGUGCGGGAGUUGACUACACCGGACCAAGAGGAUCUGCGUCCGUGAACGCCCAGCAUCAGCAUCGCUUCGGCACGAGUCUCGGCAUUGAGGGCAAAGCCAAUCUCUACAGGAGCCCUAAUGGAAUGACGUCCUUGGACGCCACCGGAGGCUAUCAGCGCCACUUUGGAGGACCCUUCGGCACAUCUAAGCCCAAUUACAACGUCGGAUUGGGACUCACUCAUCGCUUCUAAGCCCAAAUAUUUAUUUUCCUUCACCUCUGGACGUUAUUUAAAAACAUUGAAAUUUAUUGGUUAAUUUUAGUAAAAUAAAUUUUAUUCAACAACGCUUGUAACAAAAUACCAGUCUUUCUUGAUCCUAUUUCUUAGUCUUACAAUCAAUCAUACGCCAAGAUGCAAAAAAUUCAUCUCAUCGAAUUGGAUUAGUCUAAGGCAGUUUUAAGGCUAUCAGGAAGAGAAUAUUUCUCUUAAUCUGAUGGACUUAAAGCUACUCUUUGAACAUAACAACAAUUAUACUAUUUUCUCUGAUUGGAUACAGUUAUUCAAAAGUUUCCUCUCUGGUCUGAGCAUACAUUUACA